UAUUGUUUAUUUUUAUGUAGAAAAUGGUGAGUUUCUUGCGUUGGAUCUUGGAGGAACAAAUUUUCGAGUAAUCUUGAUCGAGAUGAAAUCUGGCAAUCUGGAAAAGGAACUGGUUCAAUACUAUACGGUACCAGAAAAUAUCAGAAUAGGCGAAGGUGCUCCUCUGUUUGAUUUCUUAGCCGAAUGCAUUCAUCAUUUUCUGAAAACGUACAAUUUAUCUCACAAAAAACUUCCUUUGGGUUUCUGUUUUUCAUUUCCUAUGAUUCAGAAAGCUCUGGAUGUUGGAAUACUUGUCACAUGGACCAAAAGCUUCAAUUGCCCAGAUGUCGUUGGUAAAGACUCUGUUCAGAUGCUGAACGAUGCCAUACACAGAAGAGGAGAUAUUAACAUUGACGUUGUGGCGGUUGUGAACGAUACUACAGGAACACUUGUAAAAGGAACUUUAGUAGAUCAGAAAUGUGCCAUUGGAAUGAUCUUAGCUACGGGCUGUAACGCUUGUUAUUUGGAAAAAGUAGACAGAAUAGAGAAAUGGAAAGGUGAUCAUCCUGGAGUUGAUGAGGUGGUAAUAGAUAUAGAGUGGGGUGCUUUUGGUGAUAAUGGAGUUUUGGAUUUUGUGAAAACCGAAUACGAUCGUGCUGUGGAUAAUCUUUCUUUGCUCGUAAAUUCUUUUACAUUCGAAAAACUAUAUGCUGGUAAAUUUUUGGGUGAACUAGUGCGUCAAAUUAUGCUAAAACUAAUUAAGGAACACUUGUUAUUUAAUGGAAUUCUAACGGAAGAAUUGGAGCAGCAUAAUAGUUUUACUACUACAGAUGUAUCUCAUAUAGAAGGUGAACAUUGGGAAACGGAAAUCUAUACGAUUUUUGAACGUUUAGGCUAUGACAAAAUUUCCAAAGACGACAUUCAUAUAGUAAAGUAUCUGUGCGCCAUUACUAGUCUACGUGGAGCAUGCAUUGUUUCUAUCUGUUUAUCCAGUUUAUUAGAAAGAAUGAAUAAACCGGAAGUAACUGUUGCUAUAGACGGAUCACUAUAUAAGCAUCAUCCGAAAUACCAUCCUCUGAUGGUAGAAUUUAUAACUAAAAUGGCUCCAGGAAAAAAGUUUAAAUUGAUUCUCGUUGAGGAUGGGAGUGGUAAAGGAGCUGGUCUUGUAGCAGCUAUUGCAGUGAGAUUGAAAGAAAAAACAAAUUUAUAAAUUAUCAAAACAGAUUUUAAUAUCUUAAUAUCCGAUGUACUGAAAUGUUUAAAAAGUUAAUUUUUGAAAAAUUUUGAAAAAUUGAUUUUGUCGAUUAAUUAAAAAAUGCCUGUACAACAUCUCAAGUUUGUGAAUAAAUUGCUUUUUCAUCAAAUGCU